CACGCUUGCAUUGCAUUUUUUCCUGACUUGUCCGAUAUGGCAACUGUUCCUCUCACCUGAGUAUUACUCAUCUUUGUUUCAUUCGUGGACACUGGACGAUACUGGCAGAGUGCUGAUACACCGAGUUAGUACAAUGUAUGGGCUAACUGCCGGGGUACUUUUCUCGUGCCUUGCUCUGACCGCGGCAUCAGAUCGCCCGCAUAUUGUCGUCAUUGUCGCCGAUGAUCUUGGUUUUAAUGAUGUGGGAUUUCAUGGCUCAACACAAAUUCCUACGCCUAACAUCGAUGCCUUGGCCUAUUCAGGGUUGAUCCUGAAUAACUAUUAUGUUCAGCCAAUAUGCACGCCGUCCAGAAGUGCCUUGAUGACGGGCAAGCAUCCGAUACAUACAGGUUUACAACACUCAACUAUAGGUGGCCCACACCCCUAUGGCCUAGACCUGGUAGAAACUCUCCUCCCCCAACGGUUGGCCAGACUCGGUUACACGCCCAAGCAUGUUGGCAAAUGGCACCUUGGCUUCUUCCAAAAGGAGUACACGCCAACGUUUAGGGGUUUUGAGUCACACUUUGGGUAUUGGUCAGGAAGGAUAGAUUACUACGAUCAUACAGCCUUGGAAAAUCCUGGCUAUUGGGGAUAUGACAUGAGGAGAAAUAUGAGUGUUGCACAUGACUGCUAUGGCAAAUACACCACAGACCUCUUUACGGAUGAAGCAGUGAAGAUCAUAAACGAACACGACACAUCGAAGCCCCUUUUCUUGUAUCUUGCUCACCUUGCUGUUCAUUCAGGCAAUCCUUAUGCCCCUCUGCAAGCGCCUGAGGAGGUUGUGGAGAAGUUCUCGUAUAUCAACGAUGUUCAUAGGCAGAAAUUUGCAGCAAUGCUGUGGAAACUGGAUGAAUCUGUAGGCAGGGUUGUAGGAGCACUAAAUGACCAAAAGAUGCUCCACAACUCAAUUAUCGUAUUCACAACGGACAACGGUGGUCCAGCUGCUGGCUUUAACUUGAACGCGGCUUCGAAUUGGCCUUUGAGAGGGGUCAAAGCAGGUAUGUGGGAAGGGGGAGUGCGAGGGGCAGGACUCUUGUGGUCACCUAAGAUCUUGAAUCCCGGGAGAGUCUCUCAGCAAAUGCUUCACAUCACUGAUUGGUUGCCUACGUUGGUUUCUGCUGCAGGUGGUGAUGGAUCAAGUAUAAAAUCCCUUGAUGGCAUAGAUAUGUGGAAAACCUUAACAGAAGGAAGAGAUUCACCACGUAAGGACUUCCUUGUGAAUUAUGACCCCAUAUUAGAUGGUGCAGCUGUGAGAUUUGGAGACUGGAAGUUAUUAUACAACCCCCAAGGUCCAGAUCCCCACUGGGACGGCUGGUUUGGCCCCUCGGGUCGUAAUGAGACAGCUCCAGAGGCAAGUUUGAAGGUGAUAAUAGAGAUGGUCCUCAAUUCAACAGUGGCCAAAAUAGUGAGGUCUGCAACACCCGAUGCUUACCAGAACCUAACGUCUGUGAGGAAGGAUGCUGAAAUUCUUUGUGGACCUAUCCCAGCAAACGCAACAAAAGUAUGCAAUGUUACUACCUCUCCAUGCCUAUUCAAUAUUUUGCGUGAUCCCUGUGAAUAUACAGACCUUGCUGCCAGCUACCCUGAUGUGAUGUCCAUCCUAAAAGCUAGAUUACAGGACUACAUUGACACUGCAGUACCCCCUCGUAACAAGCCCUGGGAUCCGUCAGCUAAUCCAAAGUACUGGGGUUAUGCAUGGACCAACUGGUUGGACUAUCCACCUCCUGUCGAACAGCAAAUGGAAGGAAGUGUAACACAGACAGCAUUCGCCAAUGAUAUUUAUGGUGAUAUGCUACCUGAAUGAUGAGAAAUGAAUAUCCUGCUGUUCUCAUAUUGUUUGUCAUUUAUUUACUGGAUGAAAUGAAAGUGUCCAGAAAUUAUUUGACUCAAGUAGACAUAGAUUAUUGUGUUAUGGUUGUGAUUUUUGUUUGUUGUAAUAACCUUAAUGUUUAUGUAUAAUUAUAUAUAUAUAUAUAUAUAUAUAUAUAUAUAUAUAUAUAUAUAUAUAUAUAUAUAUAUAUAUAUAUAUAUAUAUAUAUUUAUAUAUAUGUACAAUAUGGUUAUGUAAUGUGAAUAAAAAGAAGAAUUAUUUACAACAUAACUCUUGCAUAACAUAAUGCUUGAAUUUAUAUAUAAAGAAAUAUACAUAAUCCUUCUCUGGGAGACAAGGCCAACAUUAUUUACUUUCACAGAUGGUUGUCUUUGUUUUUGUUUUUAUUUUUCUGGGUAGAAGUAGCAGAGUAAGGUAAAUGGGAGGCAAAAACCAGGGCAUGGGUAAUAGGUUGAUGCUUGUGAUUUGUGAAUAAAAAGAGGAAUUAUGCACAACAUA